AUGCGGACGUUUACUUCACUUGCUCUGCUCGCCAUUGGAGCUACCGCUCAGGUUAUUGAAAGUGCUAGCUUUGGUUACGGAAAAACGAUUUCGCCGAGUCGAGACUCAAUUCCGGGGUGGACCAUCGGCGGAGAGGGCCAUGAGCCAAAUCUUCUCUCCGAUAAGCUCAUCCUGACCCCUCCAUACCCUGGCAACACUCGAGGAUCUGCCUGGGCUCAGAGUCCAAUCUCCCAACAAGAAUGGUCGGCCGAGUUCCAAUUCCGUGCCAGCGGGCCCGAACGAGCAGGUGGUAUCCUCCAAUUAUGGUAUACGAAGGACGGACAAGCCCGGGUUGGCACGUCUAGCAUUUAUACUGUCGGGCAAUUCGACGGCUUUGCGCUUGUUAUUGAUACACAUGGCGGCCGGGGUGGAAGCAUCCGCGGAUUCCUGAAUGACGGCACGACAGACUACAAGAGCCACCGCAGCGUCGACAGCCUUGCUUUCGGCCACUGUGACUACGCCUACCGCAACUUGGGCCGACCUUCCGUUGUGAAGGUCAAGCACACCAACUCGAUCUUCGAGGUCACGGUGGAUGAUAAGAUCUGUUUUUCGACUAACAAGGUAUGCAACGUCCAAAAUACUCUCUCCAUGCAGGUAUCUAACCUUCAGAAGGUCAAUUUGCCCGUCGGAAAUACUUUCGGCUUUACGGCUGCCACCCCCGAGAACCCUGACUCUUUCGAGAUCUUCAAGUUCAUCCUGUCAUCUGCUACAGGACAGGGACAGACCUACCAAGGUAGCACCCAGCAGCAACAAGAGAAACAAGAGCCGAUCGCCAACCAGAACCAGCCUCCGGUUAUCCGCGAUACUGGCAACCCCGUCAUCGAUGCGGGCAUUGGUGCUCAAUUCGUUGAUCUCCAAGGCCGUAUCCAGCUCCAGAACAAGGCUACCAACACCAUCAUCCAGGAUCUCAAGGCCCAGGCUGGCAAGAGCGAUGCCCGCCACACUGAGAUCAUGCAGAAGCUGGCUUCCAAGGAGCAGGUUGCUGCCCUUGAUGCCCGACUGCAGCGCAUCGAGUCUCUCCUCCAGAACAUCCAGCGUGACCUGGAGGGCAAGGAUUACAGCAGCCGCUUCAAUCAACUCCAGGACACUCUGCGCUCAUCGCAUCUCAGUCUCACUGAGAACCUCCAGACCCACUUCCUGAGUGCCAUCACUGCCUCCUCUCCCCGCAUGGGCUUCUUCAUCUUCCUGGUCAUCGCCUUCCAGGUCCUCCUCGCCGUCUCAUACGUCAUCUACAAGCGCCGCCGUGCAAACAUGCCCAAGAAAUUCCUUUAG